AUGACUCCGAUCAUCGCUUUCUUCUCAGUCGUACAGUCUGCUUUCAAGACCUCUGCAGAAGCUAAGAAGAAGGAUGGAACAAAUUUUGUUUCUGAUUACCAUUUUCGCGAGUUUCGUUUUCUCCGGGAGAUGCAGCGAUGCUUACAACUACAGCAGGAACGAUUUCCCGGAGGGUUUCGUCUUCGGAUCCGCCAUUUCUGCUUUCAGUGGGAAGGAGCUGCUGAUGAAGACGGAAGGACGCCUAGCAUUUGGGAUACAUUUCUUCACUCUAGAGGAUGUAAGCUGAUGUAUGAUAUGGGUUUAGAUGCAUUUCGAUUCUCCAUCUCGUGGUCUCGGCUUAUACCAAGUGGAAGAGGUCCUGUGAAUCCAAAGGGUUUACAGUUCUACAAAAACUUCAUACAUGAGCUCAAAAGACAUGGAAUUGAACCACAUGUUACAUUGCAUCACAAUGAUCUCCCUCAGGUUCUUGAAGAUGAAUACGGAGGAUGGUUGACCGCAAAAUCAUACGUUUGCUUCAGAGAGUUUGGGGAAGCAGUGAAAUUCUGGACGACAAUUAAUGAGCCUACUUUGUUAGCAGUUGGAGGUUAUGACGUGGGAGCUGCACCUCCUUCACACUGUUCUCCUCCAUUUGGGUUUGUCAACUGCUCUAGAGGAAACUCUUCAACUGAGCCAUACAUUGCACUCCAUAACAUGUUGCUUGCACAUGCAUCUGCCGCAAGAUUGUAUAAGACAAAGUAUAAGGAUAAGCAGAAUGGAUCUAUAGGUAUAACAUGUUUUGGAUUCUGGGUGAUUCCUUUUACUAGCUCUGAAGAGGACAAGAUUGCAACUCAGAGAGCCAAAGAUUUCUUAUUAGGCUGGGUUCUUCAUCCGCUCUUCUUGGGGGACUAUCCUGAUGUGAUGAAGAGAAUCGUGGGGAAAGAUUGCCAAGUUUUACGGAAGAAGAAUCAAAUCUUGUUAAAGACUCCGCCGACUUCUUGGGACUCAUACACUACACAACAAUUGAAGGCUGAGUUCAUAGCUGAUUGUUUAUUUCAUUUUCUUGGACAGCCAUGGGAAUUCUACAGCGGUCAGCUUGAUGUGCUUCCAUGGGGUCUUGAAGGAGUUUUGGAAUACAUAAAGCAAACUAUGGCAAUCCUCCGGUCUACAUUCUUGAAAACGCAACCAGAUUCAUCGCUUAACGACGUGGGAAGAGUUGAAUACCUUGGUGCUUAUAUCGCUGCCGUGCUCAAUUCAGUGAGGAAUGGGUCAGAUACAAGAGGCUAUUUCCAAUGGUCGUUCAUGGACUUGUUCGAGGUUAUCGAUACCAAUUACACAUACGGUUUAUACCAUGUGAAUUUCAGCGAUCCUCAACGUAAAAGAACUCCGAAAACGUCUGCUUUUUGGUACUCUGCUUUUCUCAACGGGACACAACAAGAGCCCAAGAACCUCUCUGUAUCUUCCUCUCCUGGUUUUGCUUCUCAGUGA